AUGCCAUCAACCACCCGCAGUCGCGAGCAUGGCCUGCCGCGCGGCAACCAGCAGAGAAUGCGCGAGUUGAGGACAGCAACGUAUGAAAGAGGUACGGAGUCACAGCAAGAGGAUGUUGGCGAUCUGGUGGAACAUAUACCAGACCCUACACACACGCCACGAACAGCUCGAGAGCUCCGCGAGGCGAUGACGGACGACGAGUUCGACGAGCCGAUCGCAGCAGCACCGACGAACCAAGCCAAAGCGUACAUCGAUCGCAUAAAGCGCCGCGAUCCGGGUCUGCUGCCAGAUGAGGAGCUAUGGUAUCGGUGGCACAAGAACCGAAGCCUGUACUACUUGCUCGAUCUCGUGACUCUGCGCGACAUCGCCAAGUGGGUGAACGACAUCCUCUACUGGAAAGACACACCAGCGGAGCAGAGGAAGCGCGCGCUGGAGAAGAAAGGCGGCAGGCAGACUGGCGAAGGAGACCGAGCACAUGCUCGCGUCGAGCGCAGUAGCCGUGCUGAAGGACGCAGACGCAGCCGGGAGAUGGUCGACCCCACCAACAGAGACCGGGCGGAGAAAGAGAUGGCAGCGAUAGAUCAGGACGAGCUCAAUCCGCUGAAGUACAGCUUCGGCAAAUCGCGUAGCAAGAGAAGGAAGCUGUCGGCAGAGGAAUAUCGGUGGAGUUCGCCUGCUGAACUGGAGGAGAAGCAUACAGAAAACAAGGAAGACGCGUUCGAGGAUGAUGAGGACCCAGAGCUGCUACUGGAAGACAACGCCAGAGCCCAAGAUCCGAUUGAAGCUCUUCGACAACACUACGGGUAUCUGCUCGAAGUUAUCUACCUCGACACUGUCACCGCGGUUGAGAUGAGCAAGCUCCUGGAAGCUUUCGAGCUGGCCAUACCACCAGCAUCGGAGAAACAUCGCAGAGAUGAUCUGAAAGAAGCUCUUCUCGAUGCCAAAGAAGACGAUCUCCUGCCAGACUACGUCGUUCUGCUGCCCACGGAUCCAACCAAGGCGAAGGAGGAUCCAGAUCUCCCACCCAUAGACGCAGAACAGCGACACGUUCGGAGCGGCGUCAACUAUGAGAACGGCAGGAUGACACGCAACCCACGGAUGAAGACAGGAGGUGGAGAACAUACCUACGCCUGA